ACACAAAAGACAAACCGCAGCGCUCACGUCAGCAUGAGCUCAGGAGGAAAUGUAUCUGUGGAUUCACACGAUUCUGAGGGGAAACCACAAAAACAGAUGAAUGUGUGGUUCCAUUGAUCAGAGACAGAGGACGGUCCAUGUGGGUCCAGACGAGGACACCUGAGUAGGACAGCAUGUCAUCCAACUCCACAGACGACGUGUGUGCGCCGGACGACACCCUGUGUAUUGUUCGAGAACAUCAGCAGGCUGUGAUCAUCGUCCCUACGCUGCUCCUCUUCAGUACCCUGGUUACUCUACUGGCCCUCUUGGGUAUUGCGUUAUCAAGGCAUUAUUCGGUACGGAACCGAGCCCGGACCACCGCCACCACCCGAACCCACCACAGAUCCACACACCGACGCUCCCAGAGGCAUCGCCAACGACGCCAACUCCAGGGCAUCGACGCGCCCCAUGGGUUGAACCCCCUGGAACAUGAGGAGCUGCCAAUGUCAGUUCAACCGGUGCAGCGGAACGUCAAGCCAACCACAGCUGCAGUACAACGAACCACCACAGAGAGGCGCCACGGGGCCUUCAGCCACGUCACAGCCCUGCCACUGUCCUUCUCCAUCAAACCCAACGAGACCGUCAGCCUCCACAGAGCCCGCAUGGACCACAGGGACGUGGUCCUGAGGGUCCUCAAAGACUCAGCAUCCAACAGUGAAAAGCAGACGUUCCUGGGCUUUGCCUCCUUCCUGUCGGGCCUGGGACCACACCCCUUCAUCCCGGCGCUGGUGGGUGUGGUUUCAGUUCAGUCUCCGCUGGUGGUGGCGGUGGAGGAGCUGCAGCACAGAGACCUGCUGGGAUUCCUGUGGAGAUGCAGACAAGUGAACUCAGAGUCUGGAUGUGACAUGACAGAGAAAAGGAUCUUCACCAUGGCCAGACAAGUGGCCUCUGCUCUGGAGUACCUGCACAGUCAAGGCUGCAUCCAUGGCAAUGUGGCUGCUCGUAGCGUCCUUGUUGGUGGAGAUCUGACAGCCAAGCUGUGGGGACUGGGCUCCGCCUACCGCUGGAGAACACAGCCUGGUUCUCCAGGAGAAGUGGAAGUCAUGGAGCUGAGGAAGUGGCAGGCGCCAGAGCUGUUGGCCAGGACGACUGUGGGUAGAAGCAGUGACAUCUGGUCUUUUGGCAUUCUGCUCUAUGAAAUGGUCACACUAGGAGACCCACCGUUUUCUGAGCUCAUGGCCACAGAGCUACUACAGUAUCUGCAGAGAGGAAAGCAUCUGAAACGACCAGCCAACUGCUCCAACUCACUGUACUCCCUGAUGCGGUCCUGCUGUCAGUGGAGUCCACCGCAGCGGCUCUCCAUGUCCGAGCUCAUCCGGAAACUUCAGGCAGGAGAAAAAUCAGCCAAUGGGAGGACAGUUCUGAGAGUACCUGAGCCAAUCGACAUUGAGAAAUACCUCCGAGAAGCGGGAUAUGGAGAGGCCUACAACUACGCUGUGCUGUGAUUGGCUGAGAGUGCCGUCAGUCAUUUCAUUUUACUGAGCGCCGCUGUUCCCGCCCUCUGGCCGCCAUGUUUGAAUGGAGGUCUGCUGCUAGAAUGAGGCGUUCAAAGACUCUUUACAGGAAAGACUGUUCGUUAAUCCCAGUUUUACACAACAGGUGAGGAGUUUUACACCGUUGGAAAAGACAUUAUAAAGCACAUUGAUUUUGUAUAUUUGAAAAGUAAUAUAUACAUGAUUUGUAAAUGUCCUCCUGUGGAUAAUAUUACUCGAAAACAUUUAUAUAACGUAAUAAAUCGAGUUCCUGCACUUUAAAUGAACCAGUCAUGUGGACAGAGGACAAAUUUGAAAAAUGAAGAUGAAGUUCAUUUCCACAGCUUCUACAGAUCAGUAAAUGGUGAGGAUUUAAAGGACAUUUCUACCCAUGUAGAGUUUAUAUUGAUACCAACAGGACUGAAAACCUCCGCUUGGAUCUAGUGGAUUACAUUCAUCCGAAAUAAUUCCCACAACAUACACUCUGUGUUUUACUGUAAGUGUCUAACAAAAUACUUUUCAAACUGAAGGAGGUUUUUCCUGUGUUCAUACAUGGUCUUAAAUUUAAACGUGCAAAAAACAAAAGAUUCUGUUAAAUAACUGAGCAAGAACAAAUAAUAAUAAUGAGGGAAAAGUGUGACAAAGAAGAAUUCAAACAGAACUUCAGCUCCAUCUUAAAUCCAUUUCAGGUCAUGUACUGUACGUUCACAGUAAUGGGUUUGUUUGAAAAUGCUAUACUUUGGCUUUUUUAACUUCUUUUGUCCACACUGCUCCACUGACAAAAACACUGGAAAUACUGUCCAUAUUUAUGAAAAUCCAGGGCAGUGUUGAAAUGUGGACAAACGAAACACAGACUUUUAGAAAUGAUGAUGCAGACGCUGAAUGUGUGAUUGAGUCGGUCUAUCCAUCAGCCUUCCAAAUAAAAUACAGAGAGAGGAGGGGGAUGUCAUUAAAUCUGAAUUUACAAAGACACAAGUGUAAGAGGAUGGGUUUGAAUGACAGCGUUCAUCAGUCCAACAGAUGAACUAAAGCAAAGAAAAACAUCCAACAGUUUAAAGGAAUAUAUUUUUAAAAAAAAAUACAUAAAUAUAAGGAGGAGGAACAGCAGAUAAAUCCAGUAAUGGAAGAGUUUCAACAAAGGAAUGAACUGGAGGGUUCUGUUCCAAACAUAGAGGUCUAUCUAUCUAUCUAGAUCUAUCUAUUCUAGAUCUACCUGUCUUUAUUUCCAUGUGGAUUGUGGAUCCAUCUGCUGCAGCAUGUUCUAAAUAAUUGAACUGUUUGAAAUCUACAGGUUUAUAUUUUCCAUCAAAUCAACAUCCGUCAGUUUCUUUUCAUCAAACUUUCACGCUGUGCUGCUGUGACGUCGUCAGGUGAAACGUAUGGACGUGUGCGAAACCCAAAUUCUCUCACAUCUGCAGAAAACGGUUCAAAUCCACCUAAUGAUCCAGACCCGUUAGUUUGAUGUUAUUAUGACCCUAGGUCAUAAGUUACAUUCAUAUAUGUGUAUACAGGGCCAGAUUAACACUUCAUUGUACCUUGGGCAACAAUAUUCAAGGGCCCCGCUCAGUGCAGGCACGUUGAUUUGCGUCACCGCUGAUUCGCUUUUUGGACUGACCAAUGAGG